AUGGAUAUUUUGAAAGCAUUUAACCUCAACACAGAAAUCACUGACUUGGAAUCAAUCACAACUGAACUUAUUCAACCUAUUACCAAAUGUCUUAAAGAAAAUUACCUCACAUUUUGGAAACACAAACUUGAAAAUUCCUCGAAACUAAUCUUUUAUUCGACCAUCAAGAUAGAUUACGAACUAGAAAAGUACUUAUCUAUAAAUAAAAGACUCAAACAAAAGAAAAACUUCAACACGAUUCAGAUUAAAUAA